AUGAAGAACUUGGCAAGCAUUUUCGUGGGAUUUAUAAUCUUUGACAUUAUUGUGGCUGCUCCUACAAUGAGUUCCAUGACUUAUGACUCUGAAACAUAUGACAUUGCUUUAGAAGAUCUGGAUAACCUAUACGACUAUGAUGAAAAUCUGUCAGUUGAUCAGGCACAGGUAGAGAUUGGAACAGUGUUACCAUCCAUAGCUCGAGAAAUGCAUUCACCACUGCCAGAAGAACCUGAAGAAGAAGCAUCUACACCCAAACUUAUUGAUGGCUCUUCACCUCAUGAGCCAGGAGUUCUUGGUCCACAUACACAUGAAGGCCUUCCAACGUGUCUGCUGUGCACUUGUCUGGGUGCCUCUGUGUACUGUGAUGACCGUGAACUUGAGGCUGUCCCACCCUUGCCCAAGCAAACCACCCAUUUCUACUCCCGCUACAAUAGAAUCAAAAGGGUCAACAAGGAUGACUUUGCUAACUUAAACAGCUUAAAGAGGAUUGACUUGACUUCAAAUUUUAUAUCUCAAAUUGACGAAGAUGCCUUCAGGAGUUUGCCACAGCUUCAGGAACUGAUACUUCGAGAUAACCAGAUAAGGCAGCUUCCAGAACUACCCCCAACACUGACAUUCAUUGAUAUUAGUAGCAAUAGGCUUGGUCGCAAAGGGAUAAAACAAGAAGCUUUCAAAGAUAUGGUUGACUUGCAUCAUCUUUACAUCACUGAUAACAACUUGGAUCAUAUUCCACUUCCACUCCCUGAAAGUCUCCAGUCUCUUCAUCUCCAGAACAACAACAUUCAAGAAAUGCACGAAGAUACUUUCUGCAAAAUGAAAGAUUAUUCUUACGUUCGUAAAACUCUUGAAGACAUUAGGUUAGAUGGCAACCCCAUUAAUUUGAGCAAAACCCCUUAUGCCUAUAUGUGCCUGCCACGUUUGCCUGUUGGAAGCCUUUUUUAAGCUUGGGCUGUAAUCAGAACUGUCAUGCAACAUUGUCUCUUUGGAAAAUAAGCACAUCAUUGCUUUCUAAAGUGUACUGUUUUAAAAGUUCAUAAACAUGGGAUAUGGUUUUGUUAACGUAAAAUAACGAGCAAAUAGUCAUAAUUCAUAGCAUGCAAUGCUGAAUAUAAACUCAUUUUCUAGUGAAGAACAGCAUGCCUCUGUAAGAUAUAGCAUCUGUAGCCAAUACAGAGCCACACAGAGUAGCUGACAUAUGGUGACAGAAGUUAAUAAGCAGAAAUAUUAAAGAAGUUGGGUGUUUAUGAUUCCUUUUCAUAAUUGUAUCUACAUUAAUGAUAGUAGGAAAUUCAUAAGAAUUGUAUGUAAAUAGUAACUGAUUCAUGCUAUCUUGAUCUUAAUUAGAUUCCCUGUUCCUGGCAUCUGCCAGCCUUUUCUAUACUUUUUGUGUCAUAUACAUCAAGUCAUUUUUCUGAAAUAUUAAUAUUAAAAUGAAUAUAUUUCUUUGUAAAAUGUUGAACACUGUUUUGUACCAGAAAGAAAAUAUGGAAAAUCUACUUAUACACAUAUAUAAAUGUACAGUAUGCAUAGUAAUAACAGGACUAUAUAAUAGUAAAUAAUAAGAGUCUCUGCUUCCUUUAUCUCUGCUUA